AUGCCCAUCACCGAGAAAAACGAGCUGGAUGCUCUCUUGCAGCUUCUUCCCGCCUGUACAAGGUGUCGAACAGUCCGAAAGCGCUGCGAUACCCUCCUCCCCGCCUGCGCCAACUGCUCUAGAUCCGGCCUCCAGUGCACCUUUUACGACCCCAUAUCCAACGAAUCACUGCCUAGAGAGUAUAUUUCGUCCCUGGUCGGACAUUUGCGCUCGCUUGAGGCCUCCCAUGGCACCUUGGAAGAAACGCCAACCCAUCCAGCGCCUCCAAAUAUUGAAUCCAGCGCCAAAGACCGCAACCCAUAUCUCUGCUUGGGGAAGAAUGCGCCUCUUGCGGCUGCUGCUGCGGUCGUGGGAAGAAGCCAGUGCGUAAGCAAUUGCAUCUAUCCGGUGCCAGUGUCACCCACCGUAAUCGACGAUGCAAUGCACCGUUUUCUCAUCGAGAGGUUCAUGGACACUCUCCACAAUCUGUUCCCAGUGCUCGAUGACGACCAGGCUCUGUACGUCUUACAUGCACCACGCCAGGACCAUUCUCCAGGACAGACCUUCCUGCUAAAGAUGGUCUAUUCAUUAGCCUGCCACUGCUUACCUGUGAAUGACAACCGCCUUGUUGAUCUAUCUGGCUCCCUCUACCGCGAGUCUUUGAUUUAUAUCGACACCCUACUGAAAGACCAUAGUAUUGAAGCCGUGCAGGGGAUACUAUUACUUGCACUGCGCAGCUCCUUUGAUGCCACGACUGGGAAUAUUGGACAGCUCGUGAAUUUCUCUUAUCGUCUUUUAAUUGAGCUGAGCUCCCAUAGUGUAUUGCAGAUGUCGCAGACCAUGGGCCGUCUUCAGUGCACGGUAUACUGUCUGACAGGCUUGGUGGCAGGGGCUUUGGAUAGACCAUAUGAUGUUGCUGAGCCUGAUUCAAGCGCAAUUGCAUCGACAACUGAGCAGGCCCAAUCACUCUGCGCGAUAUAUGCCCUCCAGGCCCUCCAUCGAGCAGGGGAUACACCCACUACCCUCGACUCUACCACUCUGAACAAACUUGACAAGUCCCAGUCACAUAUACUCGUUGCCACAUUACAGCAAACCUACCUCCUCACGCAACCCAGCAUCGAGUGCGCGCAGAACCUCUUAUCAGCAUACGAUGACGACCGAAUGGUGUAUAACAUCUUCACGUCUCACUGGAUCUACCGCGCGGCAUCUUAUCUGAUCAACCACGCAGACGGGGACACGGUUACCGACGGCUGUAUUGUUGCAGCAAAGACAUUGGAGCGAUGUGCGAUAAAGUGGCCUAACUCAAGAGCGCUGCAGGGGGCGUUGGUGGAUUUGAGGCGUAGUAAGCGAGGUAGUUGA